ACAGUACAGUACAGUACAAUAAAAUGAUUAUGAAUUUUAGUUCUGUUGAGGCUGGGUACACUCCUAUUUCUGUUCCUGGAUUACUAACUAAAUCAGUUAAUGAAGCGGCAAACCUUUCUGCUAUGAGAGUUCGGGACCCGCACAGCAAUGAUGAGAGAGUUUGGACCUGGUUUCAGUAUCAGGAAGAAGUAAAAAACAUUGCUAAAGCGUUUAUCAAGCUGGGACUGGAUAGGUUUGAAUCUGUCUGUAUUCUUGGGUUCAAUGCACCGGAAUGGGCAAUAGCUAGCUUAGCAGCAAUACAUGCAGGAGGAUUAUCAGUAGGUGUGUAUCCGACCAAUGGGAAAGAGGCCUGCAAGUACAUACUGGAGAACUCUAAAUGUAGCAUCUUAGUUGUAGAAGAUCAGAAACAGCUGGAUAAGGUUUGGGAACUUCGGAAUGAGAUUUCAAGCUUGAACAAAAUAAUUCAAUAUUCUGGAACUCCUAGCCAUCCAGGAGUACUCAGCUGGAAGGUUAGAAUUAACUAUUCAAUAUUCUCGAACUCCUAGCUAUCCAGGAGUACUCAG